AUGGCUUUCGCUCAGCUUUUAGGCACAACGGUAAUUUUGUCAUUGAUUGUGACGAUUGUCGAAGCCAUUCGUCGUCUCUAUUUUCAUUCCCUAGCUCAUAUUCCAGGACCUAAACUUGCAGCACUCACCUGGUGGUAUGAAUUCUACUUUGAUGUUAUUCAGCCAGGACAAUACGUCUUUAAAAUACAAGAACUCCAUAAGCAAUAUGGACCUAUCGUUCGAAUCACUCCAGAUGAACUUCACAUACAGGAUGUUGGUUUUCUAGAUACUGUUUACGCUCCAUCAACCUCACCCAGAGACAAGUAUGAAUAUCAACUGCGAACUCUUAGAAUCCCAGGAGGUGUGGGAACGACAGCUCGUUACGACCUUCACCGAAAGCGACGCGCUGCAUUGAGCCCCUUUUUCAGUAAACGAAAUGUUCUACACCUUGAACCAUUAAUCAACAAGAAGGUGGAACAUCUGUGUCAAAUGAUUGAGAAGCAUGUGAAAGAGGAUACGCCCACUAAUUUAUCAGAUCUAUUUUUUGCUUUUUCCAAUGAUGUCGUUACAAACUUCUUGUUCGCUCAUCAAGUUGAUGUUCUAUCAGAUGAAACCCAAGCUGCUGUUCUUCGUCAUAAUAGCUGUCAGCUUCUAAUGGGAAUUAAUAUAAACAAGCAUCUACCUUGGAUUCCAGAUUUCUUAGAAUCCCUUCCAUUAUCAAUAAGCAAACCAAUCAUGCCACCGGGUCUAGUAGAUAUGCAUGCACUUUUUGAUAGAGUCCGCACCGAGUUGACCAGUAUUAUGAGCGCGAAGUUAUCUGAGGUCAGUAGUGAGAAGUUUCUAGGUCCAAGAAAGAAAGAGUCUGUCUUCGCCUCAGUACUUGAUAGUGCUAUUCUACCUCCACCAGAAAAGGCCUUGCUUCGUCUUCAACAGGAAGGAUCACUUUCGGCUUUAGCUGGGACAGAAUCACCUGCCCAAACGCUAAAAAUAAUCUUUUACCAUCUGCUUAAAAAUCCAGCAAUCAUCAAGAAACUUCGGGCUGAACUUGAUACGGCUGAAACCUCUACUUCCUGGGCAACACUUGAGCAUCUUCCAUAUCUCUCAGCGGUCAUUGAAGAAGGAAAUCGUCUAUCUUUUGGUGUCACAGCUAGGACGGCUCGUAUCGCACAUGAACAAUUGACAUAUACUCCUUCCUCACAUGUUAAAUCGACGAUAAACAAAGGAAAAUCUUACAAGAUACCCGCUGGCACACCUAUUAGCAUAACAACUUUGAGCGCCCACACAGCCGAGACUGUUUUCCCAGAUCCCUUUGUGUUUGACCCAGAACGCUGGCUAGGUGACGAGGGCCGCGAGCGUCGCAAGUAUCAAAUGGCGUUUGGUAAAGGUGGUCGUAUCUGCAUAGGCAUCGAACUUGCUCGCGCAGAACUAUAUCUGGUUACAGCUGCUCUGAUCACCAGGUUUGAUAUGAAACUAUUCGAAACAGACGAGAGUGAUGUAGCUUUUAUUCAUGACUACCAGGUCGCGAUGCCGAAGAUGGAUUCGAAAGGGGUUCGAGUUACGGUAAAGACCUUGACGAGAGUAUAG